AUGAAAAAACACACUUUUAGCUUACUUUUGGCCGUUUUCUUUUCUUAUUUAUUAAUAUCGAUUAUUACUGUUCACUCCUAUGAACAGCAAACUGCCACUUGUAAAGCAGAACCACACAAACCAAAACCACAUAAAACUAAAGAAACUGCCACUUGUACCCUUACAGAGACUGUAUGCACUUGCGUACCUCAAAGUGGUCCAUGUACAGCUGAUUCUGAAUGUUGUUUUUCUUCUGAUGGGUGUGAAUUUAGUGAUUCACCAUACCCAUCUCCAACUGGGUAUUGUCGUAAACAUGGAUGGUUAAUAUAA